UUGGCCAUGGCGCUGACCAAUACUGUCACCGGCAACAGGUAAUGGAGUCGCCUUUAAAGCCCAAUUUGUAAGUCGCGGACAUUUAAUAUUCCCUUAAUCCAUGGAGCACAAGGCCGCUAAACGUUCGCGUUCGAUUGACGGCCACGACGAUGACGCCAACAACAAUCCCAUACAGAGGAAGGUCUGGGUCAGCCAGAAGAUGAGCGACGCCCGCGACCCCGCAAAGAUGCGGGAGGUUCAUGAGAGAACAACCAAGAUGCUCUUCGAGGGUGCUGCCGCUAACCAGGAACGUCCUGAGGAACAUACUGCCUUGCACGAGCACUACUUCCUGCUCGGCGACGGGAGCAUUCUGCUGCGCGACAUGCGUCCGGACUCCGAGAAUCCGGCCCUGGAGCGCCGCAAGUCGCGCUGCUGCCAGCGCCAAACACUCAUUCACGGCACUUGCAUCAACUGCGACAUGGACCUCUGCGAGGAGUGCGGUUAUUCGUGCUCCGAGUGCAGCGAGUUUAUUUGCCGCAGCUGUGUCACCGUAUUUGAUGACUGCCCGGAGAGUCCACUCUGCGAACGCUGCCAGAUGUUCCAUACCUGAGGGGGCUUCCCAGUCUACAGCCAAAUAACUCGCUGUGUUCAUUAGAAUUUAAGGCUUUUGGUCUCAUUUUCUUCCACAUUUGUAUUUUUAGAAUAA